UUAAUUUGUUUUAAAUGCAAAUCGAACCUCAUCUUCUUAUAAAUUGCGAAACUUGUAAUUUUUAUUAUCAUAUUGGUUGUUUAGACCCACCACUCGAAAAAAUGCCUGUUAAAAAUAAAUUUUCUCGUUUUGAAUGUUCUGAUUGUGCAGAAAAAAGAAUGGAGGCAGAAGUAGCGGCGUUAGAAAUGAAAGUGGAGGAAACGUUAGAAAAAUGCCCACUCGCUAUUGGACGAUCUAGAAGAAAGCCUCGGACAAAAUUAUUUUGAGUUUGGAAAAUUAUUUGCCAAUUUUAUAAAAUUUUAAACUUUCAUUGUUAUCUUUCAAUUAAUUUUAAAUGGAAUAAUUUUACAAUUAUUAUUUUUAAUGAUGGGGUGAUUAAGGAAAUUAUUUGGGUAUUAAAUGGAAGAUUGAAGAAGGCUUGCUGAUUAAUUGAUAAAGGGCAUAAUAUCUGAUUUAGAGUAAUCCUUGAUCG